AUGGGGUACAAUAGCAAACAAAACAGAGUGACUCAUAAGCCUCCUAUGAGUGUUUGGAUGCUUGGCAUGGGUGAACAUACCCAAGGUCAAGUGAGACAACAAGAAGCUGGAUCAAGUAAAAAUCUGGACCUGACAGUCAGUGAAGCAUUAGGUGGAGAGGAUAGGAAACAUUGGGAAGAGGCCAUGCAAAAGGAACUGGAUGGUUUGGAGGCUAUGGGCAUGUGGGAGAUUGCUGAUCUACCAAAAGGAGCAAACACCAUUGACACAUGUUGGGUACUCAAGAUCAAGACCAAUGCAAAUUUUGUACCAACAAAGUUCAAGGCCAGACUCAUAGCACGGGGCUUCAUGCAACAUGAAGGUAUUGACUAUAUGGAGGUCUUUGCACCAGUAGCACCCAUCCAAUCCAUUUGA